GCAGGCUUUUCAUUUAACUGCAAGCAACUAAAAGUAAGUUCACACUGGUUCUGAUUCACUCGUUGUUUUUCUUGGACUUUGCAAUGUCUAUUGUGCGGCAAUCGGAUUUGAUGGAUGAUGAAAAGGAAGAGAAUAAGUCGUUCAGGAGUGUAUUUUCUGCUCGCUAUACCACCACCAUGGGGAUUGCAUUUGGGAGACAAACCACCAAAUUUAAUAUCCCAAUUCACGAUACUCGAGCCAUGUUGGACAGGAAUGUAAAACGUCACGAAGACGACGCGCGGUUUGUUGGAGAGUUUGAUGACAACGAGAACGCUAAGUUUUUCAAGUAUACGCCGCAGUCUGAAGAUAUAGAUAUUUGUCCCAACGAUCCCAGCUAUACCAAAUUUAAGUGUCCCAUGGAAAUUGACUGCAAGGAGCGAUUGAAGAAAGAUACUAUCAGAUAUAACAACCAGCUGAUGAAUGAAAUCUCAAAUCUUAUUGAUUACCAAAAGAACGCUCUGGAAGCCGCAUAUUUCGUUAAGGUGAUGUCAUACACCACUCUGUGGCCACCUUAUCAUAGUAAUCUGGAAAUAGCCAACACAAGCCGCACAUUUUACCGACUGUCAAAAAAGGAACAGGCCCGAUACAACUAUAUUAUGUCCCAUAAUUUUUCCUAAAUACUGUUUAGAAGAUUAUUUCAUCAAAUGUAACAGUCUUGAGAAAUUCUUUGAAAAGAAUUUCGAUAUUUAUCGAUAAUAGCCUAAAUUAUUUACGACAAUAAUAUGCGUGGCCGAACUUCAAGAUAAAAUAAAUAACAAAUUUCACAGUGAAAGAUUUGCAACUCGAGUCAUAUAUUGCAAUGCAAAAUGUCACAAAGUUCGCCAAGACUCCAAAGAAAACGGAAUAUUUUUGCAAUUUUAAUUUAUAGAAUAGUUGGUAGAUUGUUUUGCACACUCAAGAAGCGAGGAGCAGGCCAAAACAGAAACAUAAAUCGCGCGACAGAAAUAUUCCGAGUGUUCUUAGGUACAUUCGAUCUGCAUAAGCAGUUUCCGCUUCCCGGCGACUCAUUUACAUUGCAAGUGUUGGGCACUCGUUGUUGGAUGUUAUGGAAGCCAGGAGGAGUAACUUUUUGGACGGCGAUUCUCAGUUUUGAGCUCCAGGGUUGAGGUCCAGGUCCGCAUUCGCAUCCCUAUCCGGAUCUCCCGUGUCCGAGGCUUCAUCAACGCAGCCGCACUGUGGUCGGUCUGUCAUUUACAUUAAAUAUUAACCCAAAAUGCUGAUAACCCGCACACAUUACAAAACGUGCCGAAAAGGGAAGCGGAACUAACGGAAGUGGCUCCGAAAAAGUACAAAAUAAAUUCUUUUUUGCCAGAGUUCUUUUUUUGAAAAGCGCUGGGAGAGGAGCGAAGAAAGCCCGAAAAUUUUCACUUCACUGAAUUAUUCAUGAAUGCAAUUUUUAGCCACAAAUAAAAAAUAAGCAAACUCAGACGGCUUCCUGGGGGCGUGGCAGCGCUGAACUGCAGCUGCGCCCUGUUGUGCUGCUAUCUACUCAGACGUCGUUGCAAUAUUUAGUGUAAAUUAAAAAAAAUAUAACAAAAGAUUAAGUAGUUGCGUCUGAACUUUCGCGUGAAUUAUGAAUGCUGGUGUCGCGCAUAUUUUCCAGCUGUGUCGUGUUUAAUUUUGUGGAAAAAUUACAAAAUUACAUUUUUCUAGAACUAUCUAA